AUGCCCCCCCUUCCUAGUCAGAAAGGCACCGGCAAGAAGGGCAGAGACCCGCGUCAGAGUCGCAGUCGCAAUACCACGCCCAGCAUCAUCGGCACCUCCACCUCUUUAUCCCACACCGAGUCUGGUGAGACUGGGCUCCUCGAGCUUCCCAAAGACAAGUUCCCGACAUCGCCUGACUUUGGCGACUAUGUUGCGCUUGCAAUUCCCAGCUCCAAAGACUUGGAAGCCCUUUCCGACAAAUUGAAGCGGCUCAUGGCCAUCAUCGAGACUCGGGGUGACAUCUGCAACAAAGGAAUGCGCCUCAUGGUGGAGAUGAGAAAGGAUAGACAAGAUGACAUCGCAAGGCAAAAUCAAGAGCAAGAGGUCAUGGAGAAAAAGAAGAGAGAUGCCGCCGAAGAAGAGGAGCGGGGGAGACAUAGGGCCAACAAGCUCAAGAGAAGAAAGGAUACAAGCGCAGAAGAAAGACCAUUGACACAUGGCGCGCAUGGUUUGGCGCCUCAAGAUGGAACAAAUCUAGACCGAUCCUCACCAAUACCUCACGUAGGAAAAACAUCUCGCAGAUUAUCCGGCGACGAUUCCGCUAGCUCAUCUUUGUCUCCUGUUGUUGCGACACCUGCAGCUACUGGGAUGGAUGUUGACGACAAGGACGAACGGGCAGUCGACGAAGAAGAUUCCAGCUCCGACGAGCAUCAACCUCCUCCCGCGCCAUCAAUACCACACCUCCAAACCUUUGGCGACGAUCCCACCACAUUCCCAGACCCAACAGUAUACGAUAUUCAAAAUGUGACCCCCGAUAUGGAUGAUGAUACGAAGCGCAGGAUAUACUCAGUGGCCUAUUUCCCAGAAUCAAAUCUGGAGAACUUGAUCCCUGGGACGCCCCCCGAUAAAGAUUUCAGCAAUGGGAAAGCUACAAACCAAGUGCAAGCCAAUACCUUUGCUACCUACCUCGAGCCUUACUUCCGAGCCUACACCGAAGAAGACAGCGCCUUUCUCCGCGAUAGGGGUGACCGUACCACUCCAUUUGUCAUGCCUCGUCGAGGCAAGAAGCAUUAUAGCGAACUAUGGGCGGAGGAAGAUGGUGCUAUGGCUCUGGAUAAUCCCCUGCAUGGUCGUGAUAAGCUCCCGGCUAACCAGGGCCGUGGCAGCAUUGAUACUUUGGAUGAUGCUAUCGCAGAGACGGAUCAGAUUUCAGCUGGCCCAGUCUGUUCAAGAUUGUUAGCAACCCUUAGACCAGAGCAUCGCGCGCCGCCGUCUGAAGAGAAGCCGACGACAAAUGGACUUACAAAUGGCGAGGCAAACGUCAACGGGGAGGCCAAUGGGGAUCUCAGUGAUCCUUUUCAAGCAUCUGGUGAAGCGGCCCCAGUUCCUCCAGCUACCUACAUGACAGACUCUGCUUCAGAAUCCUGGAAGAAAGCCAGUCAUCCCAAACUCGAAUACUCGCAAGUUGACGAAAGACUCAAGCAAGAACUCCGUCACAUCGGUUUCUUGCCUCCUGAUCCGGACCCCGACUACGAAGCCCACUAUGACGAUGAAAUUGGUGUACGUCUACGCGCACUUCAGGCGGAGUUGAAGCAACAAUCCAUCAUCAAUGGUGCUCGCAAAGCCAAACUACAAGAUCUUGUCAAGGAGCGAAUGGCCCACCAAGAAUACACUACCAUCCUCGAAGAUCUCGACAGCCAAGUCCAAACAGCGUAUCUGAAGCGGACACGCACAAUGGGCAAGAGCAAGAAGAACAAGCGACCCGGUGGAGCUGGUGGAGGCAGUCACUUUGUUGGCGGUGCUACUGGGAUGGCAAGACCGGGUAUUGGCGAUAUGACCAAGACGGUCAUGGAGAGACGGAAGAAAUGGAUUGAGGGCAUUGGGCUUGUAUUUGAUGACGAGAGGAGCACUGUUAAGGUGCCUCGGUCUUCGAAUCCAGGCAGCUCGAUCUUCAAGCCGGAGGAUAUGGGAGAGCUUAUCAAGAGGGAGAAGGAGGCUUGGGACGAAGAUGCGGAAGAGGACUAG